AUGUCACACAGGAAAAACUGCAAAACCGAGGGGUGUGGAAAAAGAGAAAACAGUUGAAUGAUCUUGAUUUAUUAGAUUAAUGGCCCACAUUACAUCAAAAUGUUCGUUACUUAGACGCAAACACAUUUCUCUGAAUUAGUUUAGAAAGGGUAUUCCAUCAUAAAGUCUUAUUUACAUUGUCCAGAUUUCCUCGGCCCUUCCUAUUUCUGCAGUGGACUAUACCAUAUUUCAAAACCAAAGCGGGGAUUUAUCAUUCCGGUUAGGAAGUGAAACGGUUGUUUAUUUCGGUUGAAUUUGAUCAAUAACAUUAGUGGAAUUGGUGUAAAACUAUUCAUGAGAAUUGCUUUAAAUAAUGGAUGCCACGUCGUGCUUGAAGUCUCUGUUACUGGCGAUCAAUCAGUAUAAGAACAACAAGUCUGUGUCCAAUGCAACGCAGCUUCAGAGACAACUGGAUGUUAUUUCGGGACUGAAAUCCACCAGACUGUUUUCAUCAAACCAAGUUCUCCCAAGUGAAUGUCUGAGCUGCCUCAUUGAACUGGCUGGAGACCCGAACACCAACACUUCCUUAACUCUGAAAAUCAUUGGGCUGCUGUCUCAUUUAGCAUCAGAGGAGGAGACCAGAGAGGCCCUGCAUACCAGCUACAGUCUCACCAGUGCACUAGCAUCAGUCAUUCAUUGCAACAGUUCAACUCCCAGUGAGCCGGUUGUGUUGCAGUGUAUUCAGCUCUUGCAGAGAAUCACCUACAAUGUAAGGGUCUUUCACUCAAGCGCGAACAUCGAUGAGCUGCUAACGUUUCUCAUGUAUCACAUCCAGUCUCCUGAUGAUGAAUUAACGAUGCCUUGCCUUGGACUCAUGGCAAACCUCUGCCGGCACAACAUGUCUGUUCAAGCCCAUAUCAAGUCUUUGAAUAACGUCAAAGGGUUCUAUCGGACCCUGAUCACUUUUUUGGCCCACAAUAGGUUGACUGUGGUGGUGUUUGCACUUUCCAUACUAACAAGCCUCACUAUAAAUGAAGAAGUUGGUGAAAAGCUUUUUCAUGCAAAGAAUAUUCAUCAAACCUUUCAGUUAAUAUUUAAUAUUAUUGUGAAUGGAGAUGGGACGCUGACCAGGAAAUAUGCGGUUGACCUUCUGGUGGAUCUUCUGAAGAAUCCCAAGAUUUCAGAUUACCUGACCAGAUAUGAGCACUUUAAUUUAUGCCUCUCCCAGGUAUUGGGUCUGCUUCAUGGGAAGGACCCUGAUUCUGCAGCAAAGGUUCUUGAGCUGCUGAUUUCGUUUUGUUCCGUUGCGAGUCUUCGUAGGCUCCUCUGCCAGGCGCUGUUCACUCCCCCCUCUGUGCGAGCCCCAAGCAGUGGCAAGAACAACAAGACUCUGGAACCAGUCAUUGCUCUGAUACACUGCUCCAGCCUGCCACUAGAGGGCCCCGAGAACUCCACUCUGCAGGCACUGGAGCUGCUCAAGGAGAUGCUGGAGGAAGCAAUUGACUCGCCCUGUUGCAGUACGAUGCAUCAGUUUGUGGAUCUUCUGUUGCCCGUUCUUCUGGAUUUGCUGCAGACACCAGGGCAGAUACUCGACGAGUCGCUUGCAAAAAAGAAAUGUGCAAGAACAAGCAGAGCUAUUGACAUCCUGUUGGUGCUCUGUGGAGAUGAGUCAUUGAAAUUCCAAGUUUCAGAGAAGCUGACUGCCAGAGCCUGCGUAUCACAAUUGGAGUUCCAGUUUUCAUCCAGUUGGAUGGACGUAGGCUUUGUGAAUCCUGUGGCUGAUUCAGACCAUGGCCAGGUUGGUGCUGAUGUUGUGCUGAAGACAUUAGAUCUGAUGAGCAAAAUCAAACAGUUUGUGCCAAACAUGGAAACAAGCUUCUACAAAAUGCUUCAGGACCAGCGUCUCAUUACACCCCUGUCCUUUGCUUUAACAUCAGAUCUCAGGCAUCGUGUAGAGGCUGCAUUGAGGAUAGUGUUUGAAGCAGCUCCUUUACCAGACUUUCCUGCCAUCAUGCUUGGUGAAAGCAUAGCUGCAAACAACGCUUACAGGCUACAAGAGGCACAGUAUUCCAUCAGCAGAACCCCUGCACACGAGCUGCACGAGCAGCCAUCGACGCUGGGCAAAGGAUGUUCUUCACCGCACUAUACCAGCAACAGCCCACAGAGAUCAAACAUCCAGAACCUCAUCGAGAAACUGCAGGCUGGAGUGGAGCUGAAAGAAGAAAUCAAGGAUGUGAGGGUUUCAGAAUUAAUGGAUGUUUAUGAACAGAAGAUAUCUGCCCUCGCUUCAAAGGAGGGCCGGUUGCAGGAUCUUCUGGAAGCGAAGGCUCUGGCUCUAGCUCAGGCAGACAGACUGAUUGCUCAGUACCGGUGUCAGAGAGCACAGGCAGAGGCAGAGGCGCGGAAGUUAGCUGCACUCCUGAAGGAUGCUGAGCGGAACAAUGAAGAGCUUGGUGCGCUGCUGAAGAGUCAGCAGUUGGAGUCUGAGCGUGCAAAGACUGACAUUCAGCAGCUUUUCAAUCAUAACAGGAAGCUGCAAGCAGUGGCUGAAGAGCAUGAGUCCUUGAAGGGGUCGUUCACUGAGGUGGUGCAGAAGCUUGACGCAUCUGAAAAGCAGUUGAAGGAGCUCCAGGUUUCUCACAAUUCCCUCAGCAAACAAGCAGAGGCGCUAAAGAAGCACAAUGAGAAUGUUAAGCUGCAGCAUGACAAAACCAUGGCACAACUUACAGAGAUGGAAGAUAAACGUAAACAAUUAAGCAGGGAGAUACAGGAAAAAGAAAGCAGAAUAUCAAACUUGCAACAGAAAAUCAGAAUUCAAGAAGAAAAAACAAAACAGCAGGAGAAAGAAAAAGAUGAAAUGGAAGAAACAAUUGAGAUCCUCCGGAAAGAACUGAGUAAAACGGAGCUGGCAAGAAAAGAGCUGAGUAUCAAGGCAUCGUCUUUGGAGCUUCAGAUGUCUCAGAUGGAAGUCCGUUUAGAAGAAAAGGAGGCUGUGAUUAAAUCCCAGAGAGAAGAAAUGAACAAGCAUUCCCAUAUGAUAGCCAUGAUCCACAGCCUGAGCAGUGGGAAACUCAAGACUGACACUGUGAACCUCAGUCUUUAACACUUCAAUAGGAGUCUUGAUGUGGAACGGGAGGUUUGGACUAACUGUAGAUGUGAGUUAGCGCUAACCCAGCACGAUAUCACAAUGCCGGCAUCGGAGAUUGUAUUUUCUCAAGGGCACAAAACCAUGCAUGAAGAAGAAGUAUGACUGUCUGGCAGCAUUUCUUAAAGAAACAAAGCUGCUGUCCAGCUUACAUUUUCUAUUCCCUAAUCCUGUGUGUGUCUCAUUCUAAUCUCUCUUGAAAAAUAUGCUGUUGUUUUUAUGUUUGUUUUUUCUUUUCUUUAUUUACAAUAAAACCUUUUUGGCCGAAUGAUUUUAAUAAACACUUGAAGAAAUUCAGUGUCACCAAAACAGUUUUAGAACAUCUUAAACAAAAAUGAAAUCACAGAGGAUUGGUAUAAAGAUCAGUUUAUCAAUAUGCGCAUUUGCGUAUACAGUAUAGCGCACAUUGUAAGCAGAUGCUGCUGCUGCUGUGCUAUACUUUAUGUAAGCAGGGGAGGAUGGGUUUAUGUAAGUAUAGCAUAAUCUUUAGGGUACUCUUCCUAAUCUGUCCUAACAUAUGGAUUAGAGCAGAGUAAGAAAAAUAUAUUUUACUGAAAAGCAGCUGUCACAUGCUGCUAGGAAUCUGACGUUCACCCUGAAAUUAUUAUUUUAUUAUCAUUAUGAUAAAUAAAUAGAAUAGACAUGCAUUUAGUGAAAUCCGUUCAAUGGAAAUUGCUAUGUAUUCUAUGAAAAUCUGUGAUGGUUCAUUCUGUCGUGUAAUAUUAAUAGGGGUGGUGUAAAACAGCAGCUUGUGAGAAUACUGUCGCAUGUUUUUCUCUGUUUGAUUAUCCACUUCCUGUGUGUUUUUACACAAGAGCUUGCCGUUAAUCUAACAAUCUGCCAUGUAUCGCUGCUGCAUGGUGUUUUUUUAUUAUUGUAUACUCUUAGAGGAAAUUAACCAGAGAAUUAGCAUGGUUUGGAUUUUAACAAUUUUAAAUAUUAUUAAAAUGUAUAUAUUAACUUGAAUGUAUCUUUGUUAUUAUAUGGAAUUUGAAGUCUU